AUGUGUGCGUCUCUCCGCCGCCCCCUCGGGCUUCUCCCUCUGCUCUUCCUGCUCUCCCUGCACCCCGGCUCUACCUCUCGCAUUAAGGACAGCAGUGAGGUGUGGGAAGAAGAUGUGACUGAAUGGUGGGGUGAAUGGAGUUCAUGGUCUACAUGCACUCGAACUUGUGGAGGAGGAGUGAUGUCCAGAGAGAGACAUUGCUUACGCCAAAGGCUCCAGUCAUUUCAGGGAACUGACAGUAAUGUCUGUAAAGGCCAAUCUAGGCAAUAUCAGCUGUGCCAGAAACAGCAUUGUCCCGCUGGCUCUGUGAGCUUCAAACAGUAUCAGUGCUCAGCAUUUAAUGCUAAGGCGUUUGGAAAGCUUUAUCAUCAUUGGAUUCCUUUGUACCCAGAUGAUUACACCAGCAUCUCAAGCAAACCGUGCGACCUGCAAUGCACCAGCACCACUCGGGAGAGACAGCUGCUGGUGCCAGCCCACGACGGAACCAGCUGUAGAGACAGGACUUCUCAGGGAGUUUGCAUCAGCGGCAAGUGUGAGCCUGUGGGAUGUGAUGGCAAGCUGCACUCCUCCCGCUCUUUGGAUCGAUGUGGUGUCUGUGGGGGUGACGGGAGUUCAUGUUACAGGGUGUCUGGGAACUUUCGAAAGUGUGUGCUAGGUUAUGCUUUAAUCACAACGAUUCCAGCAGGAGCCUUGGAUAUUCUAAUCACAGAAAAGAGAAACACUGAAAAUAUACUUGCUCUGGCAGACUCUGCUGGGAACUUUUACAUAAAUGGGAACAUGAUGAUGGAUAACCCUCAGAAUUUCCGAGUUGCUGGGACACUGGUGAAGUAUCGGCGGCCACCAAAUGUGCAGAGCGAGGGACUGGAGUAUCUUACUGCACCAGGACCAACCAACCAGUCCCUCAGUGUCAUGUAUUAUAACUUCAAUGGAAAGAUUCCCCUCAUCACUUAUGAAUACACCGUUCCCCGUGCCCCCGAACCACCACUGCCUCUUCUUUCUGGAGCCAGAGAUCCCCCUGGAGAUGUAAAGAAUGAAGCCCAGAGAGGAGCUGAAGGUGGCAAGCAAGAACUACCCGAUGAUACCUGGAGUUGGGGAAGCCCUUUGGAAGGAGAAGUCUCCUACAUCCAUUCCGAGAGAACCAGCAAAGAACAAGGACUCUUGCCCAGCACAGAUGCCCCGCGGGAAUUGCUUCAGAGUGAGUUGUGGCAACUCUGUGAUCACCAAAGUGACUCUACCCUGUGCCAAACUCUUUUUGGGGGCAGCCCUGGGGGUCAUCCACUUGCAGAGUCCACGCAGGAAGCCGAUCAAUUCGGGGACAGCUUAAUGCUGCCAACCAUGUUCCGACAACUUGGAUCCAUUCCCGGGAAUCAGGCGCUUCAGGGGCUUGGUUCUAACAGUGAUUCAGGAACACAGGACAUAAGCCGGGCUGACAUGUACCGCUGGAAGGUCUCUGCCUAUUCACCCUGCAGCGCCACCUGCAGUUCAGGAAUCAGCUCCGUAUACGCUUUGUGCAUCCGAUUUGAUGGGAGGGAGGUAGAUGAAUCACAUUGUGAUCCCAUGACAAGACCAGAACCCACCCAGGAAUAUUGCGCAGGAAGAGAAUGUAUCCCCAGAUGGGAGUCUAGUGGUUGGAGUGAAUGCUCUCGGAGCUGUGGACAAGGGAUACAGGUGCGCUCAGUUCGGUGCUGGAAGAUGCUGGCUCCAGGCCUGGACAGCUCUGUAUAUGAUGAACAGUGUGAGGGUGCUCAGUUACCAAGGCCUCCACAGAGAAAAGUAUGUAAGAACAAGCCUUGUGGACCGCAGUGGGAAACAUCUGAGUGGUCAGAGUGCUCAGCUGCCUGUGGAUCAGAGGGAGUGAUGAAAAGGGAGGUGAGGUGCUCUUCGGAUUUUGAUCACUGCGAUGAGUCCUUAAAGCCUCAGGCCGAGAAGUCAUGUUUGGGACCUCCAUGCGAUCAUUACUGGUCAUCUUCCGAGUGGGGAACGUGCAGUAAGACAUGUGGAGACGGUCAGCAGGUUCGGGAAGUGAAGUGCUAUCAAGGGGAGGAACCGGGACAGGGAUGUGACCCGAAUACAAAACCAGAGACAAAACAAGCCUGCAACCUUCAGCCGUGCCCAACUGACGCUCCAGAUGAAACCUGUGAAGACAAAGCUACAGCCAACUGCUCUCUGGUGCUGAAAGUGAAGUUGUGCUCACACUGGUAUUACCGCAGAGCCUGCUGUCGAGCCUGCGGGGGCAAAGCCCCUUGACUGUCACCCGAUCACAACACUCCCUGCUUUAGUCUUAUUAAUUGUGUGUUUUUUGGGAUACACCAGGUGCUACUAUCAAUUACCAAGCAUUCCCAGAUAUGGAGUAUUUAGAUGGCAAAGGAAAGGGAGCCAGUUCUCAAAUGUUUUAAACUUAACCGAAUGGUGCUUAGUGAUUGAGCUGCUGUAUUGAAUUCGUGACUAUUUG